GGCUGCAUUCGGCUUUUGUCGGGUCAGUCACGCCUAGACUCGUUCGAAAAGCGAAACCGAAAUCAUUCCACGGCGAUGUACGAAGACUGAUGCUCUUGUCGUGGACUUUAGUGCAAACGUGCUAUUUUACUCAUUGAACGGGCUUUGAUAUUCGUAAAAGUUAUUUUUUUAAUAUAAUGUUGUGAUUUUAACCGUCGCUUGUGGUGAUAAGUGUUUCAAUUACAUAUAAGUGGAAAAUUAUACAAAGAUUGUGUGUGGUGCAUUUGUGUUCAACAUUUAACUUAUUCUGGAUUCCAAAGGAUUGUUUUCGUACAACAGAGAGCUAAUCAAUAAAAAGGUCUCGGCCACACGCCCCGCGCUGUCACCGCACUAUGAGAGUGCCCCUCACACGCUUAUGAUCUCGAUAUAGAACAGAAUCACACUCGAAGCCCGCUGCGUACCCAACAAUGGCAUUCCUUCGGUACGUGCGGAUCGUGGCGCGGACGACAUUCGCGGUCGUCAACAACCUAUACUGCAUCCCCGCCUACGUGCUCUGGAUGAUGGCGCUGCGCCUCGUCAGACCCUUGUACGCACCACUCUAUUGGAAGAUUGAGGGGCUCAUGUACCACUGGCUGCUGGCGAUGGUCUCCCUCUGGUCGUGGACGGCAGGAUACGAAAUAAUGGAGACUGGGGACGAGCCAGCGGCCUGCAGCGGGCGCCGGACCUUGGUCCUGGCGAACCACCAGAGCACCGCCGAUGUACCCAUGCUGAUGUCCGCGUGGAACCCCCGCCCCGGCGUGCUGCCGAAUCUCAUGUGGAUCAUGGACCGAGUGUUCAAGUUCACCAACUUCGGCAUCGUCAGCGUGCUGCACGAGGACUUCUUUAUACAAGCGGGUAAAGCGAAACGCGACCAGUCCUUGGAAGAGCUCCGACAGCACAUUCACCGAUUCUACAUGCCGUUGGGCAGGCAGUUCAUGGUUCUGUUCCCGGAGGGGGGCUUCUUGCAUAAGAGAAGGGAGGUCAGUCAAAGGUUCGCGGAGAAAAACAAUCUGCCCAAGUUAGAAUAUGUGUCGCUGCCGCGCGCGGGCGCUAUGAAGGUGAUCAUGGAGGAGAUCGGACCAAGGAGAGACGAAGGCGCCAGCACCUCCAAGGAGAACGCUAAGAAAGACGAUAACUUCAACAAGAGUCCCAGGACUAAAAUGAUCAUCGACAACAAGGUCGGUGACAGCAUCGAGUGGAUACUGGAUGUGACCAUCGCGUACCCUGACAGGAUCCCCCUGCACCUGCAGGAUGUGGUGUGCGGCAUCCGACCGGCUUGCACCACGCAUUUGCACUACAGGCUUUAUCCUAGUAGCGAGGUCCCAUCGGACACAGAAGGCAUGACCCAAUGGUUAUACGAUAGGUUUAUAGAAAAGGAUGCGAUGCUCGAAGAGUUCUACAAGACGGGCAAGUUCCCAUCGAAGGGCUCAGGGCCGUACGUGGUCAGGCAAGUGAGACAGGACAAUCUACGUUACCUGAUCCUUCAUUCGUUCUUCAUAGCGUCCACUUUCCUACAAUAUAAUAUAUUCAAUGCGUUGUGGAGUUACUUUUGGUAAGAAUUUGGGUACGUGAGAUAUCUUUUCAGAAUAAUCAGUCGACUGAUGAUGGACUGUCAGUACGGUUCGUCAGUUCACAGCGACUGAUGUUUCAGUCGAUGCCCUAGGUUUGUAAGGAACCAAUCGAUUUGUGUAAGUUCGCACAACUUUCACCAAAUCGUUUAGGGCUAUGCCAUUUGGAGCAAUAGAAUAUGCGAGAUUAUCUUUUUUUGUGUAAGAUCAAUUUGUUUUAGCAUCCAACCAGGCUACCUCUACGAAUCUCCGUGAAUUCUUAUUUAUAAUGCGACCAUCUAACACAUCUCUGAAAAGAUAUUUCACUUUAGCAACAUUUUAUAUUUCGACGAUUAAAUGUGAAAAUUGAAUUGCUUUUGAACACCAACUGGUAACAACGAAAUAUAAUUAAGUACCAUAGAUGGAAAACAGUCUUUAUCUAGCACUUUCUGAAGGGAUCAAACAUUAACGGUUUCUAUAAAAAAUUGUUGAUGUCCAAAAGCGAUUUAAUGUAAUUUGUGAAGUGUGUGGGCGGAAGUACAUUUUUAGUUUUAAUUUUUUGUGUACUUGUGGAAUUGUAUUUUUUAAGUUUUUUUUUUUUAGUUUAGUAAGUACUUCUGCGUAAGGUUACCUCAGUUAGAGUUUGACAUAUCGAGAGAGCCCUCGAUUUUUUUGUGCCUUGGGCACGGUAAAAUAAUUGUAUCGACCAAUAGCACUUUCUUAUAUUGCAGCAUUAAGAUUAGCACACGUGUUUACAACCGGUAUUUUGCCGCUUUAGAAAUUCCGGUAACCGGAAAAUUCUCGUGUACUCCCUGUAAUGCUGCAAACGUGUUUAUCAAAGCGUGCUGUGACAAACAAGUCAAUAUUUAAGUGAAAAUAUCUUUAGCAUAGUUGUCGUGCUUUGCGCCGUACCAAAUUUCGAAUCCCUCGUGACAAUAAUAGACGAGUUACUUAUCUUCACUUUUAUCACGUUUCACGUUCUAUCUAAUCAGAUUCUCUCGCUUCGUACUUUGAAUUUGAAAAAAUCGAAUUUUAUACGAAGGAUUCUCGAGUCAAUUCGUGUCCGGAAUUUUUAAUGUUGUGGAAGAGGUGCGCGCGCGUUACUUUAUGAUGCCUGAUGAUUAAACUGAUUCAAUUAUUAACAAGAAUCUGAUUUUCGGAUAGAAAAACGAAAGUUCACUAUCGGGCAAAUGUUACUUCAUUAAUGGGAAAUCAGAGCCACAUUUCGCUUUUUCUGUUCGAAAAAAUAAUUUCUUCUGGGCUCAAAUUAUAAUUAAAUUUCCGGACAACGACCCUUGCUCAUUCCGGUUAAUGAACCGGAAAUUCUGCGCUUACAUACAAUAAUUUAAAACCGGCUUUAUUUUACGCGUUACUUCGUACUAAGGAACAUGAGGUUUUUCGAUGUCUAAGCUAGGUUAAGUCACUGUACUAAUAACAUUUAGCCGAUUUAAGCGUCACCGUUUUUGUUGUAAAAUGUGGGGAAUCGUUCCUUUAUUAAUAGCUUAUAAUUAUAAUGUACAGUAUAAAGCAAAGUGUACACAGUAUGUAAACUAGCAUUUGUAACGUGUUUGGUAAUGUAAUAAAAUAUGUGUAAAUUGUCGAAAAUUUAAAACUUAUUGUAUAAAUAAUGUAAGGUGUGUCGAGGUAUGGGUGGUUCUCGUCGUUGGAAAUCGAACACGUUUUGUUCAACAGAGUAAGAUUAAGGAAUAGUAAUGACUAGCUGACAUUAACGAAGCUAGGCCGGCUUCACGUGCCAACCAACUCCAACAGUGACAAUUAAUAUGUAAGUUUGUCGCAAUAUUAAAAAACAUAUCUCUUACGCGUUUUUAUUUGCUUAUAGAGUCGUAAAUGAUGCACAAAAUGUGUUCAUUUUUAACAAUUAUCAAUGUUCUAAUCGCUUUGACUGCCCAUUGUUCAUUAUUUUUCACACGCGAUGAGUUUACAUACUGUCAUGAAUAUAUUUAAGUAACUAUAUGAAUUUGAAAAGUCCUAUGCCAAAACUUAUUUGCCGUAAGUGCCUAGGCUUAUUAAAGUGAUUGAUGUUUUAUUAGUAUCAUAUUACGGUAUAUUUGCGUUAAAAUUUCAUGGCAUUGUCUAUUGGUUUUAAGUGUUAAGUUCGAAAUUAUUUCUUAUAACAUUCGCAAUAAAGGUUAUGUUUAGAAUUGAUUCGCAAAUAUUCCCGUAUACAGUGUUGUGUUACAUGGCGGCUUAAUUAUUUAAACAGUUAUUUUAAUUAAUAGUACAUCAUUUAAUUAAAUAAUUUUUAUUGUUAUAAAGUAUAUAACACUUUCUAUUACAUAUUUUCUCCAACUCAGAACAUGAAUAUGAUGUACAAGGUAAAUAGUAUUAUAUCUAUUAUUCUUGCGUAUUGAAAUAUUUAUGUUUGUCGAAAUAUAAGAAGUCCAAGUGAAUGAUAGGGUUUCGAAUAACAAACUUAAGUCAUGUUAAAUAUCAGUAUAUUGACGCAUUUACCCUUAUUUUAUUUAUCUAUAUGAUUCAAGUAAAGUAUGAAUAUGUAUUUGUGGUAUAAAAUGAAACUGUUCGUAUUGAUGUUGUGGUAUGAAACCAGGAACCAAUGGGCGUUUCAAUAUAUUGAGAAGAUGUUAAAUAAACAAGUUUACUAUGGCGUGAUACGAUAUCCGAAUAGAAUACUUAUUUGCGAAGAUUCUAGGUCUCAAAUUUUGUCUGAAAGCGAAGUUAAAUCAUCUUUUUUUUUCGCUACCAAUUCCGACAAUAUUUACCAUCAGGCAAACGAGUCGUGUGUAAUUCGGUCGUAAAAUUCAAUAAUGCUCACGAGCUAGGGAGUCUAACAAGGAAUAAUUACACCUUAUUAAACCAGAUUUUUUUUCUUGAAUUAAUACCGGCUAAUUACAUUUUAUCACUUAAAAUAUAUCCGUCAUGAUCCCUAAUUGAUUAAACGCAUGAUAUACCGCCCGUUCGGAUUAAUAGGGCAUUAUUAACACUUACCGGUCAUUACGAAGUUGAGUGGAUCGGACAAUUAAGUGAUCAAUUUGUCACAUUAUUCGGUAAUUGCUGUAAGUACGUCUUAUUCUCGUACUCUCUUACAUACAAUGUGGGUGAUGAAGUCGUUUUUAGUUAUAUUUUGUGAUUUUAAUUACAAUUGAUUGUGGAGAGCGUGAUAUUUCCGGAAUGAUGACGGUGAUUUUCGUAAUGAUUGAUGUAAACGCCAAGAUUAAAGAGAUGGAACACGUUACGCUAAUAUUGCUAAAGACCGGAAUUGUCAUAUGAACUAGAGGCGCGUCAAGUCAUUUGCACCCGAAUGCAUAACGGUGCUAAAAAGUGCGUCACCGUGAAUUAUGGUCGGCAUGUUGAGCAACAUGUUGCUACAAUUGCUGCCAAUACACGGCUAUCAUAACUAAAGUAUCGCUAUCCAAAACAUGUCAGCAGCAAGCAUAUGUAUCUUAAUUUCUAAAAUGCCAUUUUUUUUCUUAUUUGGGUUAAUGUUUAGGCAAAUGUGAUUGUCUUUCGGUAAUUGUUGUUAUUUUUAACGAGUUAAGUUUGUCAAAUGUUAGUUGAUAAGUUUAAGUUAAUGCGAGUAACAAAACUUUUGUGAUGCUUUGUAAUGUGUUUAUAAUGACUUUUGUGUUAUGUUUAUUUGUAAGACUAGUCCGUAUUGGCGACUUGGAGCGAUUCAAAACAGAGCCCGAUGGCGAUUUAUAUUGGCUUUUUCUAUUGGACCAAGUGAAGUAUUCUAAUUGAAGAUAAAUACUAACAAUGGCCGUUGGUCGCCGCUGUUAUGUGAAACUAGAAAGGUUUGAAAUCGAUUCCUAAGCGUAAGAAUCCUUAUUACGAGAAGUAGAAUUCCUAGAUCGUUAUAACGUUUUCGAUUAUUGAAAAUCAAAUUAUGGAAAGUUUACUCUUAUUCAUUAAGGUUGGUGGGAUCAUUUAUCAUCAGCUGACUCCACCGCUUGUUAGCCACCUAUUAAAAAAAUUAAGACGGGUUUUAAUAAUAAGCACCGUAUUUUUUUUUAUUACACGCUGUUUCAUUGCACUGUACUUACCAUUAUAACUUGUUACACUUGUACGAAAAAAAAGCUUUCAAUUAUAAUUAAAUGUUAAUUUUUUUGCAAAAAAUAACAACGGUCCAUAAUUCUUUUUUUUUGUACCAUUUUUUGAUAUACAAUAUAGUUAUUAUAUAGCAAAUACUAUUCCAAUACGUAAAUAUUUCAAUACUCAUUUUUUUUUUUAUCUUUUAAACCAUGAUUAGAUUGUAAAGUAUGAAUUUUUAAAAUAUUUAGCCAAGUCGCCAAUAUUAAAGUCACCUUUCCCUCUAAUACCCAUAUUCCAAGUCAUAAAAACAUAUCUCGAUGAUACUGCACAACCGGAAUAAAUAUAAUAAUUUUUCCCGGUGUCAAAAUUUUCCGAUAGAUAACAUGUGUCCUAAGCUUAAAUUUAUUUUGGCAAAUGUAUUGUUGCUUAAAAAUAAAUAAAGAUUAAUAUAGUAUAGAUUGUUGGCUUCGUCGUAAUCGUUAUGUCGGCUUACAUAUCUAUCUAAAAAUGUAAAAUGCCUCUUGUAUGAUAGUGCUCUUACAUUUACGACAAAAAGUAAUGUAAAUCAUUUUUUUCGAAAUUUUUUAAGCAAUGAUACAUUAAUAAUAAAUAAAGCAAACUGUUAAGUGAGAUAACGCAGUAUUGCAGAUGAGUCUUGUGAAAAUGGAUAUAAUCCAACAUAAAUGGUGAUUUUUAUUAGUCAAUUUUUUUUUGUUUUUAAUUAUUAUCGCAAUAAAAAAUCCAAAAAAAAAAUAAAGGCAAUUUUUUUGGUCAUGCCAAUGUUAAUUAAAAAAAGUGCGAGUCCUUACUUAUAAAAUUAAAUUAAUAUUGAAAAUAUUUUCAAUUUAAUAUAGUAUAUUAUGAUUUAGGAACAUGGCCAAUGAUUUAAUUAUAAUAAUAAUGCAUUAAGGGGAAAAUAUUAUUUUUAAUUGGGCAUAUUUUUUUGACUUUAUAAAUCAUUUGCCAUUUAAUCAUCCUUCAACAUCAUUUUCGGAUUUAAUGCGGCUCUGAUUUCCAAUAGCUUAUAUAAAAAAAAAAAAACAUCCGAAAAUGUAUGUAUGAUUCAUGUGGAAUAUAUCCUAAUUAUUACCGAAUUAUUGUCAACCUGCCCUUUAUAACUUCAUGUUUGAUGUGUAUAUGUCACUUGAUGUGAUUGAGUCGUGCUCGAACGUCUUGAGACUAUUUUGGGACAGAGGCUUAUCGUUAAGCCUAUGCAAGUCAUAAGUAAUUUAAGACUUAAAUGGGUGAUCCUAGCCGUUGGAAUAUAGUCUCAAAAAUGUAUAAACGGUUAGUAUUACUCAAUACUUAUAAUAUCGAAGUAAUCCAGUACUUAUUUGAGUCUAUUUCGGUCCCAAACGGGUCUCACCGCGGUCGAGUUUGAGCCCAAUAAGGCAGGACGCUUGGCUCGCUGUGUAUAUACUUGCGGACUAUGUUCCACAUUUUUUGUCAAUAAAGCACGUUUGUGGCACUCA